UCGUGUCCUGUUUGUUUUGGGGGGGUUUAGCGCACCUGUCAGAAUAUCCGAAACAAGAUUAUACUCUUUUCUUUUUUGCAACCGGUUUGGCACCGUCGGAUGCGCUGCAGGCUGUGGUGUUUUUUUUUGUUCUCCAACUCCCAACUUUUAACACCGGGCUGCUGCUCACAGAGCUGCGGGGCUGCUGUGGCCGUCAAUUGGUCGCCGCACACCGGUUCACCUUCCGCACGGAGACCCCCCGCCCCCCUCCCCCUCCCUGCACACCGGAGGCGAACAUUUUGCCCGUCGAUUAGAAAUGGUCAUCAGCGCGUGCUAAUUGGGGCUCGUCGAUCUGCGAUCGUGUCCGUCAAGUUGGGCCGGUCGGCACGUUGACUUAUCGAUCUCGUCGCCGCCGGUCGAGUGUCCACGAUGAGCAGCAAACCCGCCGGCUCAACAAGUGGCUGUCUGGAUAUUCUGAAUGUCAAAUCAAGUCGGAUUCUGGACAUCCCAUGCAAAGUGUGCGGAGACCGCAGCUCGGGGAAGCACUACGGCGUUUACGCCUGCGACGGCUGCUCGGGAUUCUUCAAGAGGAGCAUCCGGAGGAACAGGACGUACGUCUGUAAAUCUGGCUCUCAGGGUGGCUGCCCUGUGGACAAAACCCACAGAAACCAGUGCCGAGCGUGCCGUUUGAAAAAGUGUCUAGAAGUCAACAUGAAUAAAGACGCCGUUCAACACGAGAGGGGACCCCGGACUUCCACUAUCCGCAAACAAGUCGCCCUAUAUUUCCGAGGCCAUAAAGAGGUGAACGGAUCAUCGACCCAUUUCCCGGGAUCCUCUCUGUCCGGCCCCCCUUUCUUCACCACGGUCACUCAACUGGAGCCUCACAACCUGGAGAUGAGCGCAGUCGCCACCACACCGGAAAGACAGGCCAUCGUGGGUCUGGCACAGCCCACCCCCAAGGUAUAUUUUUAUCCCCAUGAAGUCAGCGGCACCCCCCUGUACCUCUACGAGGUGGCGACGGAGUCCGUGUGCGAGUCAGCGGCGCGCCUCCUUUUCAUGAGCAUCAAGUGGGCAAAGAGUGUUCCCGCAUUCUCCACCCUCCCCUUAUCGGAUCAGCUGAUUCUGUUGGAGGACGCUUGGAGGGAGUUGUUUGUUCUUGGCAUCGCGCAAUGGGCCAUUCCGGUGGAUUCUACCACUCUUCUUGCCGUUUCUGGAAUGAACACGGAAAACACUGAGUCUCAGCGGAUGAAUAAGAUCAUAUCCGAGAUACAAGCACUCCAAGAGGUGGUGACCAGAUUCCGACAGAUGCGUCUCGAUGCGACGGAGUUCGCCUGUUUGAAAUGCAUCGUGACAUUUAAAGCUGUUCCGACCCACGGCAACACCGAGUUGAGAGGUUUCCGCAACGCCAGCGCCAUUGCAGCACUGCAGGACGAGGCACAGCUCACCCUCAACAGCUACAUACACACCAGAUACCCGACCCAGCCGUGCCGCUUCGGGAAGCUGCUCCUGCUGCUGCCGGCGCUCCGCUCGGUGGGCCCGUCCACCAUAGAGGAGGUGUUCUUCAAAAAGACUAUCGGCAACGUUCCCAUCACCAGGCUCCUCUCCGACAUGUACAAGUCCAGCGACAUAUGAACUCUCGCCAGGCGGAGAAGACUUGAAGCUGAAGGCCCGGAGACCCUCGCCGCAUUCAACAGAAUGUCAAAUCUUAAGCAGGUGUAACUGCGGGUUAUUGGCGAGCACAACAUCCCUUAAGGCUGUCUUGAAAGGGCCUAUUGAGGUCCAAGCUCGGACUGCAACACAGCCAGAAUUCAGCCAGUAGCCCGUUAACAGUCGCUGUAGUUAAAGAAUAGCCUGUAACUUUGAUUAAAAUUCCCAGUGAACAGCCGGUAGGGGCACAGGCAACACACACAAGAGUUUAAAUAUCGCCUAAAGACCCCGGAGAGCAUCUGCCAAGUAGGUCUGAUAAAGAGAUCUUGUAUAUUACGUUUUUUUGUUUUUUUUCCCCCCCGAGUGUCGGUGAGACCAAUGAGCUUGACGUCAGUCAGUCAGUCUUUUAACGCUGUGAUCGACCCCAGUGGAGGGAACCAAAAGAAGAAAAAAACUGAUGACGCACGCGCGACCGGGGAGUGUGAAUCGCCGUCCCUCGAUCUGGUGCUGAAACCAAACGCGCGGGGCGGACAAGAAGAGGCGCCAACUCCAUGGAGCAUUAGAGUUGAACGUACUUUUAAAGGAUAUGCUUGCGUUGCCUCCAGACUGUCAAACGGCGCUCGCCCGAGGAGGGCGUUUGUGUUUAAAAGUGGUAACUGUCCUUUUUGUGUCGGUGCGUCCUGUUUGAGGCGGUUUUAGGUCGACUUUUUGAAGUUAGCCACUAACACUGGAUGAAAAAUGUUCAGCACUUGGAAAUGUUUUUUGUGGAUUGUGAUGUUUUUAUCAUGUUGUAAAUAUUUGGAGUUAUAACUAUUUAGUUGUCGACGAGAUAAUAAAAAAAAACACUGAAUUGAA